AUCGUAUUCGGUAUCAUGCUCGUAAUAGGCACACGAAACCCUUUCAUGUGCAAGCUCCCCCAGCCUGUGCACUUCGCUGAUCCAACUGGUAGACCAGCAAAGUGGUCGCCAUGGCCUUUGUUACGUGGGACACUAUACGUCAAAACGACCCUUGACGUUUGGCAAACAGCCGCGAAGCUGGAAGCACAGCUAAUAAUCAGCGCUGCCGAAGACGAAUCGCAGCCAGCGAGUCUCUCCCGAAGUGUUGCGUUCAAACGAACCACUGACGUCGACCGCUGUUUUGUAUCUACGCAGAUCAAUACUUCAGUUCUCGAAGCUUGGCGCCACCGGACCCACCAGACUCUGAUCCAAAAUAGAACUUUAUCUGACGAACUUGACGUGAGCGUGAGAGCGAACUGGACGAGCAAGGAACCCUCUUCAAGAACAUUUUCAGGACUAUAUCCUGUCAGCAUUCGUCAGCUAGGCAUGACUUCGAAUAUGCAUCACGUCAUUUUACUGCUUUCGGCAGUUGUCCUGAGCAGUGCAUCGAUGCAAUACAUGCCACCUCUCAAGCAAGAACAUUUAUUCACCGACAUCCUUCUUCGAGAAUUGGUGGACCGUAUGGGUAACGAAUUUGUCGACGUUCCCGAGAACUACAUGGAUUUCCCUUACGAUUCGCGGUUGCAAAACGAGUAUGAAAAAGUGAAGGAAAUUCCGGCGGACAUUUCACUCGAUUAUGAGGGUAUUGACACCCCAAACCCGAACCCCAGCAUCCGUGAUCAGGAAUAUCUGCAACAUAGCUCAUUAUGGAGUCACCAACGUCUGAACAAUAACAACGGUAAUGACAGGCACAGGAUCCAAGCUGCCGGUUUGAAGGGCAUUAAGGACGAAAAAACUGAGACCAAUUUGCCCGCCUAUUGCACUCCACCAAACCCCUGUCCCAUUGGCUAUACAAGUGUCGAUCAUUGCAUAACAAAUUUUGAAAAUACCGCUGCAUUCAGUCGUGAUUACCAGAGUGCUCAAGACUGUAUGUGCGACAAGGAACACAUGGUGGAUUGCACCAGUGGAUCAGAGAGUAACGACGGCCUUUCAAACAUGCACAUCUCGAAUUCAGAUUUCGACCAAAUUGUCGAACAGUUCCAACAUGAAAAUCCUUUCUUCCAAGGGGAGAAGCUGCCUAUUGCUGCUAAGAAGGGCAUUAACGUUGGUUAUUAAUUAAUUAAUAAAAACGUUAUCCUCGAUCCAACGCCCUAAGCGGUAAAACGUCCUGAGGAAAAAUUAUUAUCACUAGAUAAAAUAUUUUGAACGAUUUAUUAUUACACAUACAUGUGCAUUGAAUGGUAGAUAGUGUAACACUAUCGAAAGAAGGAUUGAUAGAUUCGGUAACCGCGUGCAAACAUUCGAACACAAUUUUAUCGCGAAAGAAUCAUUUUGCUGAUGGAACGGAAAUAUUUAAUUCUAACGCGAAAGAAGCACACAAUAUUCAGAAUCCAACAUUUCAUCUCGCUGGAUUAUGUUACUCUAAAUAAAUUUCCUGACAUAAAUUAUAUACUUUUAUGGAAAUAGAUUAUUAUAAAGAAGAAGAGUAUUGAUUUAUCAAUAGAAUAUAUUUUAUUACGUUUCUCAAUCGCAUUUUAUUUUGAUAUCGAGUAUUACAGCUAAUGUAUUUUUAUUUCCCAAGUUGAGAAAAUAUAUAUUUUAAAACAGUUGA